AUGGCGCCGUUUGACGAAUUGGAAGCGAAUGAUAUAACAGAGGUUGGUUUUGGUUUUCGGGGCUGAAUAGGGUCAAUAGGACACAUAUUUCAAAGACAUUUCUGUCUUGACAAACCCCAGCCAAAAAUUGAUACUUGCUCAAAGUUAGUCGGUCUUCUCGAGCGUAGGUCAACAUCAGUUAUGACCCUCAACCUGUGCUUUGUGACUCUUUUCGAGUUCUUUCCGUGCCCAUUUCAUAAUCACACACAAACACACACACACUGUUUUAUAUCAGUUAGAGGCAAUUCCAAAAAUCACCAGCACAACCCACAAAACACGGUAUUCAAAUACAUUAAAAGACCCAAUAUUUGAGGAAGACAUGUGAAAACGUAUUUGAUUUGAUUCGAUUCGAUUUCCACAUUACCACACAAACACACCUGGAAUUUGGACAGUUUUCCAUUGUUGACCUUUGCGAGACAGUUGUUUUCUGCGAGGAAAACAACACAACUGCCCACUCGCUCCCACGAUUUUCUUUCUUCAUCGCACCCGAAUCCGAUCACAAAUCCGCUUAAACAUGCCACCUUAUUCAGUGUUUUUUGUUGGAAUAAGGUCGGGGCGGACGAAAAGAUUUGUGGAAACCUUAUAAGUGACCAGAACUAUCUCUAGACAACAAGGUGACGUUUCAUCUUCUGUUACCGUCAUUUUGCAAUAAAAGUUCCCAUAAAAGUUCACAGUGACCAUGUUGCUUAUCUGUCUUCGACACUACAUAAACCAUGCGGUUAAUACUAUAAUCUUGUCAAAUUUUUUUCUAAAUUUAACUGAAAAGUUACAUAUCUCGAUGCAAGAACCUACCACUGGUCAAUGUUUUUCGAAUUAAGUAGCCUAAAGCAUAACCAAACUUUUGUUUCUAUUUCCAUUACGUUUGCAACUUCACUAACCAAGUUUCUCCCGGAGAAUGAAAAAGACACACACGUGAAAAAAAAGGAAAGAAAGAGAAGGGACGCGAAAAGUGGGCGGAGCCAGAUCCUUCUUCCUGGCGACCCCGCACUCUGCCCGCAUUUUUUGCGCGUCGCCCUCAGUGAUGUUCAGACAAUCUCUUGUUUCGGAUGUUUGCGCCCAAGAUUUUUGUCUUCACGUUUCGGUUCUCAAAACUGUUGUUCAUUUCAGAUCAGCGACAUGACCAAUCAAAAAGAGGAAGCUAAAAGUGAGAGAAGCGCUGUUAUCCUUGGAACUGCUCAAAAAGCGACUUUUGUGAGUUGUGGGUCUAACAAUAGUCGUCUGAAACUCCAUACAGACUAUAAAACUGUUGAUCAGUCAGUCAGUAGCCGAGUUCAAUUGAUGCAAAUCUUUUCCCCACGCAUUCUCAUCAUUCAAUGUUUCGAUCACAAACUCUUAUGCAACAUUUCAGUUCAAACAACUUUGUGAUGCAGCCACAAAAUACGAACGACACGUUCACUAUCAAGACGUACACUACCUGACCAUCGAGCACCUCGGUUCCGAAAACAUUGUCGAAGUCACCGAUCCUGGAUUGGUUAGUGAUCUAUGACUACCGAGUCCUCAAAAUAUCGUUUUCACCUUUCUCUCUCAAAAAAGUGUUUAUUUGAGUGAAAGUUGUGUUGUUUUGUGAGUGAGAAGAGCCAGUUUUCUUUUCUGUUAAACAAAAGAGGAGGGCGAGGUAAUGUGAGAAACACUUGGGAGGUCGGCAAGAUGUGCCGCAAAGACAAGGAACACUGCUUCCGGUUCAACUGGAUUUCCGACUGAUCAGCAGCGGAAUCCUUGUGAUAACUGAACAGUCAAGUAGGAGUAGAGGGGGACAAAACUUGUACGGUUUUUGCUUUCCACAGCUUCAGUUUUCAGGCCAGAACCGGCGGACGUGAAAUGGCUCUUCGAAACGCGGACUAUGUGAUCCUCUACUAUUCAUCCAUGUCCAUCGAUUCUCUCCAAGCCCUUCAACCAUUAGUUCAACCACUCCAAACGAGAAAAAACGUGAGUAGGGCUUCUCUCAUUUACACUUGGCAACGAGCGGAAAUUAAAGGAUUAUGUUUGUCUGCUUUUCCAUUUUCGUUUCCCAUAGAGCACAUGACUGGACAUACAUACAGGAAACACGGGAUCGUGAGACUUCCAACAACUCCUUUUUUCACACGGGACACAGUUGACAGCUGUGUAGUCACUCGGAAGGUCUCGAGAAUAGUAACAGCGAGAGCCCUUUUUCCUCUUUAUUUGCCCGACAAAGUUUGCCAGUUUGAACGGGUUGCUCUUUGAGCAAACACAAUCUCUUUCCGCAUACUUCAAUUUCCAACAAAAUUGGAUCGGACAACUGAUCAUCAUAGUUUUUGACAAAUUAGAGGGAAGUGCAAACAUGUAGGACAUGGCAACACUUUUUUAGGUGUUUCGUUUUUUGUAACUUGAUAUGAAACGCGGGGGAAAUAUGAAACUAACCAAGGUGGGUUUCGUAACUCUAUAUCUAUGAAAACGGCACAGAAUCACAGAAUCUAUGGACGUAAUAAGGAAAGAACAAAAAAGGCAAUUUCAGCUCCCAAUCCUUCUUGUUUGCGAUUGCGAUGAAGUUGUUCUGGAGGAGACCGCGUCGGCAAACACGAGUUCGGCAUCGGAAGGUAACGAAGAAGACGUUCUGAGUCACGUGUUCCACGAGAAUGCAUCACAUUCAGGUUAUGAGUCAGAUGACCGCGACGGUAUGAAAAGACACUAUUCAAUGGAACAAAUUCGCAAAGGGCUGGAUGAUAAUCUGGCGUCAGUUACUGACCAGGUGAAUACACAUACAUACAAAAGUUGCAAACUGUCCAAGACAUAAACAUAAAGGUUUCAGGGUGAAAAACUGUCCCAAGAGCUUGGGCCUCGGUGCUCUUACCUGCAAAUAAACUCGAGCAAGGCAGCGGAUGCGCACAAGGUUCUGACUCAGAUGAUUAUUUCAAUCAACAAAUCGGCCCCUAUAAGAAACCGAAGAAAGUCCAUUAUCACAAAGUGAGUCAGAGUCCGUGCGGGAGAAUGUUCCAUAUUCUCAUCUUUUGAAUUCAACUCUUUAUAUUUACUUUAUACUGUCUGAGCUGAUGGUCUUAGAGACCUCGGGAGAGAACAUUGUUGACUAAAUUGGCAAAAACAAACAAGUACUUCAAACACGACAAGGCAGUUGUUUUAUUUUUACUUCCGCGAGUAUCCAACAUCGUUUUUUGCAGCAUUCUGCGAUCGAAAUCCUCGGAAAAGUCAUCGUCGGAUGGUGUGCUGUUUGAGCCGGUGAAUGAGAAGAAGAGUGGGAAAAAGAACGGAAAAGUGGAAGAUUCUAAAGUGUGCAUCGUCAUGUGA